GUGAAGCAGAGGUAGGCGGUCAGACUUCCCUGAGUAAGGGAGUGAGAUGAUCAGAAGCAUACAGGCUCACUGCAGUUUAAUCUCCAGGCUCUGAAGGAGGUGUGCUAGUGGAACAAGACUUGCAAGGCUGUACCCUCAGACAGCAAAACUCCUCCUUGGUUCUGUUGAAGGGUCAUGAGGACUCGAAACGUCAACUUUGUUCUUCUCCGCCGAUGCUGCCAGACCUGCUGAGUUUUUCCAGAUAUUAUACACAAAGGAUGUCUCAGGUAAAAAAGAUCUCUUCAGUUUACAUUCAACUUGCUACUCCUGGAAGGGUCACUGCUCCAAAGACAUACAACUCUGUUGAAGCAUCAAGAGCAGACAAUCGUGUACAUCAAAAACCAGCACUCAAUUCUGCAAGCUAUCCAAACCGAUAUGGAAACAAGGGGGUGAAAGGAAUGGUACGGACUACUCCAUCAGUCUUUAGUUCUGUUGAUGGAGAUUUUCCCCCACCACCUCCACCUGCAGCAGAGAACACAAGAGAUGUUUUUUACUCCAAUGAGAUACCACUUCCUCCGCCUCCACCUCUGCAAACCCGUGAGGGACCAGUCCCAUCCUUAAUUGAUUCCAACCAAAGUAGGCCACAAAAAUCAAAUGUUGGAGCAGGUCCAAAACAGCAGGAAUUCUCUGCAUUCUCUGAAUCUGACAGACAUCCAUCUGUGGGAUUCAAACAGGAAGAUUCCAUGACUCAAAAGGCGAAUGACAAGCUGAAUGGAUUACCAAAUUUGGGGCCAGAUAUCUGUGCAUUUUGCAACCAGCUGGUUCCUCCAACUAUACCUGCUGUUGUAGCCAUGAAGAAAAUAUUCCACGAGGAUUGCUUGAAGUGUAGAAAAUGUCAUUGCAGACUGGUGGGAAAAACUUAUUACAAUCUAGAUGACAACCCUCACUGUGACUCUUGUUACCAGGACACCCUGGAGAGAUGCGGGAAGUGCAGAAAACUAAUAACGGAUCAGAUUAUAAGAGCCAUAGACAAAGCUUUCCAUCCUGAGUGUUUCACAUGUGUUGUCUGUAACCGGUUCAUUGGAAGUGAGCGUUUUGGAGUGAACCAGGACAAUGAGGUUCACUGUUUUGAAGACUUCCAGAGGCAAUAUGCCCCACAAUGUUGUGUCUGUAAAAUGCCAAUUAUAUCAGAAACUGCAAAGGAGGAGUGCUUCAACAUUGAACUGUUCGGGCUCCACUUUCAUGUCAACUGCUACAGAUGUGAGAAAUGUGGAAUUCUUUUAUCUCCUGACCCAACCGAGGAAGGGUGCUUCCCCCUGAACAAGCACAUCCUUUGCAAGACUUGCCAUAUGCUGAGUAUCAGCUCCACUACCUGAAGAUUCUAGAUCUGAGCAGAGCUGAAAUUAUUUCAGUUUGUGAAUUGCUGUGUAAUUUCUCAAUAUUGUCACAAAUUUAUUACCAUUUCCAAUGGACUACAUCCAACCCCUGGAUUAUUCUUCACAAGGUUACAGUGUAUUGUAGAAGCUUGUCCUAUACAAACCUGAAGGUUACAGGUUUGAUUCCUACUAAACAAUGAUCUCAUCUGAAUCACCAGUAUGGCCUGUAUAAUUGUGCUCAGUGCCCCUACACUAAGGAAAAUAUUAAAAUUAACCAGUGUUUCCACUCCUGAACUUUACUUCGUGAUUUCUACUGGAAGUGCACAUACUUUGACACCAGCUGAGACCAUUAGUGGAUCUGGUUGCAAUGUCCUGCAUCGACUAGCUUACUUCUACUCACCGCCUUGUCUUAUAUAUGAAGAGUGGUCACUUGGCAAGGUAUUGAAUGGAACUGGUGCCUGUGCGACUGUAUCACAGCAACAUGUGAAGUGUUCUUAAUAAGUUAACUGCCAAAAUACCACUAGCAAAAGGACUCAAUUCAGAAUAAAGCCUAGUGUCUAUUAUGCUCCUUCUACAGCUGUUAUCUUCAUUCUUUUAUUGGAAAAAUGUCUGUUCUAAAAUUCCUUUAAAAAAAUAAAAUUCUUCCAUAGCAAGAGAAACAAGAGAA